AUGCAAACCAAUCGAUUAGCUUUUUUCGGAAGACGAAUUUUGCAAGCGUUCGUCCCGAAAGACACUGUCAGAAGCUUCAGCACUCCAAAGAAUCCCGAAAUAGGCGAUUGGCCGAAACCCGCGCCGGACAAUUGCCGGAAAAAACCCGCGGAUUCAAGUGCGAAAAAACCCGAGGACCCGGGUGAAAAAAAACCUGCGGACUCCGGUGCAAAGAAAUCCACGGACCCAUGUGUGAAAAAAUCCCCGGAACUCAGUGUAAAUAAACCCGUGGACCCAUGCGCUAAGAAACCUGCGGACUCUGGUGCAAAAAAACCCACGGACUUUGGUGCAAAGAAAUCCACGGACCCAUGUGCUCAGAAACCCGUGAACUCCGGUGCAAAGAAAUCUGCAGACCCGUCUGCAAAAAAACCCGCGGAUUCCAGUGCGAAGAAACACGUGGACCCAUGUGCGACAAAACCUGCGGAACUUAGUGCAAAGAAACCUGCGGAACUCAGUGCAAAGAAAUUUGCAGACCCAUGCGCUCAGAAACCCUCGGACUCCGGUGCAAAGAAAUCUGCAGACCCGUCUGCGAAAAAACCCGCGGAUUCCAGUGCGAAGAAAUACGUGAACCCAUGUGCGACAAAACCUGCGGAACUCAGUGCAAAGAAACCUGCGGAACACAGUGCAAAGAAACCUGCGGAACUCAUUGCAAAGAAACCUGCGGACCCAUGCGCACAGAAACCCGCGGACUCCGGUGCAAAGAAAUCUGUAGACCCGUCUGCGAUAAAACCCGUGGAUUCCAGUACAAAGAAAUACGUGGACCCAUGUGCGAAAAAACCUGUGGAACUCAGUGCAAAGAAACCCGUGGAUCUCGGUGCAAAGAAAUCUGCAGACCCGUGUGCUAAAAAACCCGCAGAUUCUGGUGCGAAGAAACCCGUUAACCCGUGUGAUAAAAAACCCUAA